AUGGGCCGCAGAAAGAUUGAGAUCCAGCCCAUCACGCACGAGCGCAAUCGGUCUGUGACCUUUUUGAAGCGCAAGAACGGCCUCUUCAAGAAGGCCUACGAGCUCGGUGUCCUCUGCUCCGUCGACGUCGCGGUCAUCAUCUUCGAGGAGCGUCCGGGCCACCAUGUCAAGCUCUUUCAGUACUGCUCGACCGACGUCAACAGCAUGGUCCAGCGCCAUCUCCGCUUCGACGGUGAACGCGACACGCGCGGACCAUCAGACUUCAGCGGAAAC